AACCCGGAAGCGCGAGGCGCCCGCCGGCUGUGCGGACAGUCGGGAGGAGGCAGUACGAGUGCCCGGACUCGCUCGGCUGCGCGCCCCGCCCCGCGGAGGCCGGCACUCCAGAGAGCCCCCACUGCCGGCUGCGCCUGCGGAUACUGAGCGUUGCGGCCGCCGGCCGCGUCCCGGGCCCCGCCGCCUCCCUGGCCCGCGGUGGUGGUGGAGGGAGGAAGAGCCGCCUUGGGGAGGAGGGAAAGGGACGUGGGGGCGGCCACGGCAGGGUUAACCUCCAUUUCAGCUGAUCAUGGGAGAGAUUAAAGUCUCUCCUGAUUAUAACUGGUUUAGAAGUACAGUUCCCCUUAAAAAGAUUAUUGUGGACGAUGAUGAUAGUAAGAUAUGGUCACUCUAUGAUGCAGGCCCCCGAACUAUCAGGUGUCCUCUCAUAUUUCUCCCCCCUGUCAGCGGAACUGCAGAUGUAUUUUUCCGGCAGAUUUUGGCUUUGACCGGAUGGGGUUACCGGGUGAUAGCUUUGCAGUAUCCAGUUUAUUGGGAUCAUCUUGAAUUCUGUGAUGGAUUCAGAAAACUUUUAGACCAUUUACAACUGGAUAAAGUUCAUCUUUUUGGGGCUUCUUUGGGAGGCUUUUUGGCCCAGAAAUUUGCUGAAUAUACUCACAAAUCUCCCAGAGUCCAUUCCCUCAUCCUCUGCAAUUCCUUCAGUGACACUUCAAUCUUUAAUCAAACUUGGACUGCCAACAGCUUUUGGCUGAUGCCAUCAUUUAUGCUCAAAAAAAUAGUUCUUGGAAACUUUUCAUCUGGCCCAGUGGACCCUAUGAUGGCUGAUGCCAUCGAUUUCAUGGUGGACAGGCUGGAGAGUUUGGGUCAGAGUGAACUGGCUUCAAGACUUACCCUGAAUUGUCAAAAUUCUUAUGUGGAACCUCAUAAAAUUCGGGACAUCCCUGUAACCAUUAUGGAUGUAUUUGACCAGAGUGCCCUUUCAACUGAAGCUAAAGAAGAAAUGUACAAACUGUAUCCUAAUGCCCGGAGAGCUCACCUUAAAACGGGAGGAAAUUUCCCCUAUCUCUGCAGGAGUGCAGAGGUGAAUCUUUAUGUACAGAUACACCUCCUGCAAUUCCACGGAACCAAAUAUGCGGCCAUUGACCCAUCAAUGGUCAGCGCUGAGGAGCUCGAGGUGCAGAAGGGCAACCUCGGCAUCAGUCAGGAGCAGCAGUAGCUGUGGCUUUGGCGGUUAGUGACGGGCAGCCAGUGCACUCUCGUACAAUCAGUGAUGUCAGUGCCCGCCAGCCAGCCUCUCCGCCCGCUCUGUCAGGUUCACCGGCUAUCACUGUGUUUGGAAGUAGGACUGAAGGUCAUCGUUGUGACAGGUGGCAGCUCUUCUAAGCCAGUGUAACUGUUUCCUUUCGGUUUUUUUAGCUUUUGAAUUUGAAGUACUUUUGAAGACUCCCAUUUUAAGAAUUGUGAAAAUUUUGCUACCAAGUCUUUACCACUGUGUUCUUAAGUGAAUGUUAAUUUCUGAGGUUUGGGAUUUUGUGGGGUUUUUUUCCCUUUUCCUUUCUUCUUUUUUUUUCUGUUAUUUGCUGUAAAUGCUGCACAUCAAAUUGUGUAUUAGAAUGACAUUGAUUAUUUUUACGCUUUCUUGGUUAUAACCAUUAUACCAAGGUUGUCACCCCACCAUUUGCUUGCCUGUAAAUCAGCUACUUCUGAUUUCCAGUUAAGCAAAUCAUUUCAGUUUUAGCUCUUGUCUUUCUAGCCAUUAUACUCAUUUGGAAUAAAAACUCAAUUUCAGUGA